AUGCUAGUCAUUCUACUGUUUCGCCUUAUUUUUUCCUCUCGUUCAGACCUUCCCCCUCUCCCCGAACCCACCCCACCGUCCCCUUCCCUUCGUCACUUCCUAUGCAACAACCCCCCACUCGCCUGCCCAACCAAUCCCACCACGGCCCACCCAAUCUCAACCAACCCCUCCCUAUCCCACCCCACCCCGGGCAGCAACAAUGCGAGCGUGAUGAUAUGCCCGUUCAUGCUCACUGCGGACGGCCAUGAGAACCAGUUCGGCACCAAUCACGUGGGUGAGUGCAGGGAGGCAACCACGUGGGCUGAUCGCUCCACACCUCCACUGCCUCCCUCUCCCCCUUUCUUCCGUCCCUCCGCCCCCCCUCCCCCUCUCUUCCCUUUCACCCUCUUCCCCCCUUCCCCUGCACACACCCCCCACCCAAUUGCAUCGCACGUCGUACCCCCUUUAGGCCACUUCCUGUUGACCAACCUGCUGCUGCCGAAGCUCAAGGAAACUGCCAAGCAGGAGGGCGCAGAGGCGCGCAUCGUGAUCGUGUCCUCUGCCGCGCACCAGUUCCCAUACCCGGGCGGCAUCCGCUUUGACGCCAUCAACGCCAAGGAGGGGUACGACUCGGUGAGGGCGUACGGGCAGUCCAAGCUCGCUAAUAUCCUGCACGCACGGGAGCUCGCACGGCGGCUCAAGGUGCAUGGCUGUGGGAGAGGAGGGUGUGUAUGA